UCACUUCGACAAGUCCCCCACUGCACCGGUAUCGACCUCUUCAAAUCCCCUCUUUCAACUCCCACUCGACCGGCUCGAGGUCUCUAGCAAUGUUCGUCACAUCAAGUCGUUCUAUGUUCACUACGUCUGUCCGUGGCAUGGCGCGCGUGCACCAGCCGCUGAUCAAGUUCGUGGGGAAGAGGCAAUGGCCGUCAACGACAGAGCCGCCGCAUCCGCAUCCGUUCGCUCCCAAGGAGUAUGCAAAGGCUUUCUCUCAAGAGGCAUCCGGCGCGUCGUCUACCCCGAAGUCGAGUAAGGGCGGUGCCGUCGCUGAGUUCUGGGAAGCACCCGAGCGCUUUUGGCGGCCGCGCAUUCGCGAGUUGCAGGACUGGGAGAUCGAGGCGAUCACGUCCGGUGGUGCUUCGUUGAGGAAAUGAUACUACCUACCAGUCAUCCCUUAAGCGCCUCUUCCGCGCUGGACAUCUCAAUGUAGAGCCAUAUUGAUUCAUCCUAAUGAUUGUGUCCGUCCCCGGCCGACCCAGUCGUGGUAUCACGCUCGGAGUCCCCCCACUCUGCAACUGCCGUCCAUGCUGCUAAGCCAAGGAGAACACUCGUACUAUCGGCACUCAUACAAUCCUCUUGGCCUCAG